UGAUGCAUGCUGCCAUGGUGCUGACUAUAGCUAGCAGCAGCAUGGAUGCACCCAGAAGCAACUGCAUGGAUCCAUGGCUAUAUAAUAUCACUGGAUGUGUCUUGCCUACCCAUCCCAGUCUCUGAACAUCGAUCGAUCGAGUUGACCGCUGUCGUUUCACUUUCAAUCGGUCAGCUAGCUACUGCAAAUAGUCAAUGAGUGAGGAGGCACCGCCAUCGCCGGUGAUGAGGCCGGUGUUCUACGAUGGCUGCCCCGGCUGCGCCAUGGAACGGAAGCUGGAGAGCAGCCAAGGCAUCCCCUACAAGGAGUUCUUCUUUGUUGGGAUCACCACCAUUGCCUCUUCUUUACCAAUAUCCUCGUUGUUCCCAUUCCUCUACUUCAUGAUAGAAGAUCUGCAUGUGGCAAAAAAGGAACAAGAUAUUGGAUUAUACGCUGGAUUUCUUGGUGCAUCAUAUAUGAUCGGUAGAUGUUUUGCCUCACUCUUUUGGGGUGUAGUUGCAGAUCGUAUAGGGAGGAAGCCUAUCAUUAAAUUUUCUAUUUUAUCAGUGGUCAUAUUCAACACUCUGUUCGGAUUAAGUGUGAAGUAUUGGAUGGCAAUCGCCACAAGAUUCCUUCUUGGUGCUCUAAAUGGCAUGCUGGCCCCAAUAAAGGCUUAUUCCAUUGAAGUUUGUCGACCUGAACAUCAAGCUCUAGGAUUAUCAAUAGUAAGCACUGGUUGGGGCGUAGGGCUUGUUGUGGGUCCAGCCAUUGGAGGCUACUUUGCACAGCCUGCUAAGCAAUAUCCAAAUGUAUUUUCCGAGAAGUCAAUAUUUGGGAGGUUCCCAUACUUCUUGCCAUGCCUUUGUAUCUCACUCAUUGCUCUUGUUGUUCUUAUAAGCUGCAUAUGGCUACCGGAGACACUUCAUAAGCAUAAAGAUACUGAAGGUGAAAUUGAAAUGAUUGACAACUCAAGAAGUACACUUGAAGAAGAUUCACAUAAACAGAAGAGUCUCUACAAGAACUGGCCAUUGAUAUCCUCUAUUAUUGCAUAUUGUGUUUUCACCCUUCAUGAUACAGCAUAUAGUGAGAUAUUUUCCUUAUGGGCUGUAAGUGAGAAAAGAUAUGGUGGGUUAAGUUUUUCGUCUAAAGAAGUUGGUCAAGUUCUUGCAGUUGCAGGUGCUGGUCUACUUGUGUAUCAGCUUUUCAUCUAUAGAUCGGUCCAUAAAUUUCUUGGAUCCAUCAAUUCAUCUCGUAUUGCAUCAGCUUUAUCUGUACCAAUUCUCGCUACUUAUCCCUUUAUGACACACUUGUCAGGGUUUAGACUUGGAAUAGCUCUUUACCUUGGAACCAUUUUAAAGGGUGUUUUAUCAAUAACUAUCAUAACGGGCACUUCCCUACUCCAAAAUAAUGCGGUUUCACAAAGUCAAAGAGGUGCUGCAAAUGGCAUAUCUACGACGGCAAUGUCAUUCUUCAAGGCAAUUGCUCCAGCAGGAGCAGGAGCUCUGUUCUCUUGGGCCCAAGAACGCCAAAAUGAAGCCUUCUUCCCAGGGGAUCAAAUGAUAUUCUUUAUUCUGAAUGUGAUUGAAUUAAUUGGACUUGCGUUGACCUUCAAGCCGUUCCUGGCAAUACCAAAUUUAGCUGCAGUAAUUAGCUGCAUUGAAUUCAUGGAGAGGGGUCAGAAGAAGAAGCUGGCGACGUUGGUCGGGUGCAACUACGCCGGCACGCCCAACGAGCUGCAGGGCUGCAUCAACGACGUCGCCGCGAUGCGCGACGCCCUCGUCGCCCGCUUCGGCUUCGCGCCGGCCGACGUCACCGUGCUCACCGACGACCGCGGCUCGCCGGUGCUCCCCACCGGCGCCAACAUCAAGCGCGCGCUGGCCGACAUGGUCGCCCGCGCGGCGCCCGGCGACGUUCUCUUCUUCCACUACAGCGGCCACGGCACGCUCGUCCCGCCGGUGAAGGGGCGCCGCCACGGCCACGGCGAGUGCGACGAGGCCAUCGUGCCCUGCGACUUCAACCUCAUCACCGACGUCGACUUCCGCCGGCUCGUGGACCGCGUGCCGCGCGGCGCGAGCUUCACCAUGGUGUCCGACUCGUGCCACAGCGGCGGGCUCAUCGACCUCGAGAAGGAGCAGAUCGGCCCCUCCGUCCUCGCCGCCGGCGCCGCACCGGCCGCUGCUGCUGCUUCCACGACGGCCACGCGCGCCACCGCCGCGCGGUUCCUGCCGUACGCCGCCGUUGUCGAACACCUCUCCGGCGUCUCGGGCGUCGACGCCGCCCACCACGUCGCCGACCACCUCCUCGCGCUCUUCGGCGCGGACGCCAGCGCCAAGUUCCACCGCGACGCCGAACAGCCGGUGCGCACCGACGACGACGGCAUCCUGCUGAGCGGGUGCCAGACGGACGAGACGUCGGCGGACGUGCCGGGGGACGACGAGGUGGCGGCGGGCGGCAAGGCGUGCGGCGCGUUCAGCAACGCGAUACAGACCGUGCUGGCGUCGCACCCGGCGCCGGUGAGCAACCGGCAGCUGGUGAGCAUGGCCAGGGCGGUGCUGAGCGAUCAGGGGUUCGAGCAGCACCCGUGCCUCUACUGCAGCGACGGCAACGCCGAGACGCCAUUCCUGUGGCAAGAGGAGGACAAGAAGAAGACGGUUACCGCGGCGGCGGAGCAGGCCAUGACGGCGCUCUGAAUGUGUUCGACAGAGGAAGAUUGAUUGGUCAAUACCGAUCAUUGGGAAAAAAAUAAGAUUAUAAUUUUAAUCGUCUUAUUCAAUGCCACAACAAGUUACCAUUGCAAAUUUGUAUGCCAUCAUGCUGAAGGAACAUGUUUAUUGAUUUUUACAAUGAUGAAUAUAUCAUCAGUUCAGUAUUGUUACAAA